GGCAGACACCUUUGAAAUGGCCUAUGGCGGUGAAACUAUCACAGUACUGUAUAGCAAUAUUUUCGCACCUGCUGCCUUUCCCGUUACAUGCACAAAAGUAGUUACUAAAAGUGAAAGUAAAAGGUGUACAUAGUGCAGCAAGUAAAACAGUAGAGUACAAUAACUACUACUAGGACUGACUAGACGCAUUUACGUCACUGAACUCAAAGCUUCCAUUAAUCCGCUCCCCGAUGCUCUGAGCUUUCCAUCCCAUUUCGUUCUCCUUCUCCUUCCCUCCGCUCGCAAUUCAAACCGACAAGACAAACACCGCCCGACAUUCCCCUCUCUUCCUCCCACCAUGCCGUGCCGGACCGAGCUCUGACUAGCCUGUGUCCGUCACUCCGUCGCAUGGCGAAGCUCCCGCACUCCUCCUUCGCGCUCGACUUCCUGCGCCGCCUCCUCUGCGCCGACAGCGCUCGCGGCGGCGACAUUGCGCUGCGGCGCGGCGACGAUGCCGCUGCCGCGGCGCUCCGGGAGAAACAGGAGGAGGUGGCGUCGCCGGCGAGGAGCCCCUGCAUUGUGGCCAGGCUGAUGGGGCUCGACGCGAUGCCGACGCCGCCGCAGUCGCCCCUGCUGCGGCGGAGCCGGUCGGCGAGCUCCGCGGAGGGCGUGUCGCCGCCGCCGCCCACGCCGUGCUGCUCGCCGCGGCCGAGGGUGGCCAGGGCGACGUCGGCGUCCUUCAGCGACAGGCCCACGUACCUGCGGCGCGAGAACGACGAGUUCCUGCUCCUCAGCUUCAGCCCCGACGACGCAGGCGACGACGAUGGCCUGUCAGCGGAGUACUCGCCCCCUUCGAGGAGAGGCGCCGACGAGAGGAAACAGAGGCGGGAGCGCCGGAGGCGGCGGCAUGGGGAGCCUGGCCGGAGCAGGAGGCUGGCCGCCGCGGCGGAGGAGUGCGGCAUGGAGAACUCGAGCCCGGUCUCGGUGCUGGAGGCGCAAGAAGAGUCGUCGACCACCACCACCACUUCGUCGUCUUCCAUGGAAGAAGUGGACCAAGCAGAGCAGUGCUCGCCCACCCCAGAUGGAGGAGAAAUCCGGCUGGCACUGAGUCAGGUGCAAGGCUCAAGAAGGAACCUGCCGCAAUCCCCCCUCGAUGAUCAUGGUGGCCACCUGCCUCCCGAGGCACCAAACACCAGUCGUGCCUCCAAUUGUUCAGGCAGGGAGAGGAGGGACAGGAGAGCCGUGAACAAGGCCGAGGCGAUCGCCCCAGCUGCGACUGGGAUGUGGCGAAUCAUCUGCAGACUUGUCGAGGACGAUGUCUGUGGCGUGAAAUGGGGAGGUAGGGAUGAGAGCAACAUUGCGGAUGAGAUGGAGUCAGCGAUCCUUGAUCAGCUCAUAUGUGAGGAAACAGAUGAGCUAAUGCAGCAAGCUGUGGUAUGAAAAACUGUGCAUGGUUACUUGCUGAAAAGGGACCAAGUAGACUAGUUGAGUGUAAUCAAUCAUAAAGAUCGAAGCUGGCACUUUAGAUUCCUUGCAGCUAACUGUGGUCUGAAAAAAGUCAUCUGCAAGAAGCACGCAUGAUGCCAAAAUGUUCAGAAUACUGGACUGGGAUGAAACGAUCGCUUGCCCCAGGUGUGAAAAUUUUCUUGUUGGAGACGGUGGUGACCCCAACAUGAGGUGAAUAUCCAAGCAUUACAGUGGAGAUAUAUAUGUUCAGAAACUCUUGAGGUUGAAGGUCUCAAAGAUCUGAAUUCUGCUCCUCUCCAUACAGCCCAUGAAACUGUACAUGAUUUUCCUCCCUAUUUUGGCUCCAUGUACUAGCCCAUGAAUAACCUAACAAUAUAUUAUGAAUUAGUUGACAUGAUCUUGUGUAAAGCUUGCCCCAAGGUGCUUACUACUUACUUCAGUAAACCGAGUCUUGAACUAUUGUUCAGAUAUCUAAGUAAUCUAUUUCUUAA